GGGAGGCUUCCGCAAGCUGUACUGAGAAGUGGCAUUCGGUCUGUGAGGAGACGCCGGCGCCGCUGGGCUAUUCCUCCUACAUCCCGGCCGCAGGGAGUGGCGCGGCGGAGCAAACAUGAAUGUUGGAGUUGCCCACAGCGAAGUGAAUCCAAAUACCCGUGUAAUGAACAGCCGUGGUAUGUGGCUGACGUAUGCACUGGGAGUUGGCUUGCUUCAUAUUGUCUUACUUAGCAUUCCUUUCUUCAGUGUUCCUGUUGCUUGGACCUUAACAAAUAUUAUACAUAACCUGGGAAUGUAUGUAUUUUUGCAUGCAGUGAAAGGAACACCUUUUGAAACUCCUGACCAGGGUAAAGCAAGACUCCUGACUCAUUGGGAACAACUCGACUAUGGAGUACAGUUUACAUCUUCACGGAAGUUUUUCACAAUUUCUCCAAUAAUUUUGGUGGCAUCUGGGGUCUUAAACAGUAGCAAGCGGCCAUCUACGAUGCAUCAAUUGGUCCUGGAGCAAAGGAGAAUGAAGAACACCAAAGACACAAGAUACUUUCUGGCAAGUUUCUAUACGAAGUAUGAUCCAACUCACUUCAUCCUAAAUACAGCUUCUCUCCUGAGUGUGCUAAUUCCCAAAAUGCCACAACUGCAUGGUGUUCGGAUCUUUGGAAUUAAUAAGUAUUGAAAUGUUUUGAAACUGAACAAAAAUUUUUACAGCUACUCAGUUUCCUGUAAGGAAGGAGUAGUUAGUAUACUGCACUGUUUCUGUGAUAAUGUGAAAUGAGAGGUAUUUACAUUGAAGGGUCGAUUGCUGGUUCUUCAUAUGCCAUUUUGAAGUGCAGGUUUUUACUAGAAGAUGCCUCUGUUUAAUGCAUCUGGUAUAUUUCUGAAGAGAGGCUUUACAGGCAGGCUGGGCAGGCCCAGCUCCUAAUUUAAAUGGCUAUAUAGUGCGGGUGUAGUAGAUAAAUCCAAGGUAAAAAGAGAUCUGUGAGAGACUAGCUUAGUUUAUAAUGAAUGGGAAUUAUGUUAGAAGAAAAUUUCCAAUCAUUCAGUCAUGGUCAUUAUAAGCAGACUUAGGCGUGAACCAUAAUCAUCUCUUUAAAAGUUUAUUAUAGAUUUUUUUUCUUACCAUACAUACUCCUACCGUCUUGUUUUAUACCGAUUUCUACCUUAUGAGUAUAUUUUUGUGGUUUUGUUGGCUCAAAAUUUUGCGUUGAUGGGCAAGGUCAUUUUUACAUUUAUUAAGUUACUGAGCUCAAGAAGGUCACUCUUCAUGAGUGAUUGGUGAUAGAAGAUAGCCCGGUGUCUUACAAACAGCCUCUGAGUCAGACUUCUAAUUUUGGAACAAACUAAGUUUCGUUGCCUUUCUAGGCAUGAGGCUGCUAAAUCAGUUAAGAAAAUAAUUUAUUUCAAACAUUUAAAGUAUAUAGUAAUUCAAAGUUCUCUGCUUUUUUGGUCGAGCAACUUAAUUGUUAAAAUCUACCAUUCUUUAGAAAAGAAAAUACAAAAUGAACAGCUGUGUAGCCAACCUGUGGUCUGGCAGAAUCUGCUUCUCUAGCAUUAGUACCGGAGUAAGUAAUGAAGCCUUUUAUAGCUGGUCUGCAGUAGAGAUGACAUCAUUUUUUCUAAGUCUCCCUACUUUCAACCCCCAUAUUUUGCCCAUUAAUAUUUUUGCUUUUCAAUAACAUGGAUCUUAGUAUAGAUAACCCCAAAUAAAUAAUUUCCAAAGCAGCAACCAUACUGAAAUUCUUGUGACUUGGGCAAGCUUUCUAUAAUUGUUGGCUUUAAUGGAAAGAAAUGAUUAUAUACUACUUUGAGAAGUGAAUGUGUCAAAAAAAAAAAGUUAUGGGAUAAAACUGGAAAAC